CACCGCUGCUGAAAAUUGUGCUUCUUCCCAAAGUUCUUCAGUUUCCUCUAGUUGUUUGUUUUUUGGUUCAAAAAUCGUCAAGCCAUGGAUGAAUUCGGCGUCUUUGAUUACAAGCGCCCGGCCAACGCAACGGCUCCGGAUUCGAGGACCUCGACCUACCGAGGGCAUCGUCACAUCACUGACCUUAGGUUGGGAAACAAGCUAAAUGCAAGGUUUGCGGACAAGGGCAUUUAUGUGAACGAUCCCAUACUCUCGGAGAAACUAACUUCGGAAUGCAUGGCCAAUUAUGUGUGGAAGUACGGCAAUCCAAAUACUCUAACAAACCCUUCGCUCAACAUGAAAACUCAGUACAUGAAGCCAUUCGAGGAGGGCUGUCUUCGAUUUAUAAAACGGAAGAUGAAACCCAUUUCUAGCGUUAGUCAUGACUCUUAUGUGCUAAAAGAACUGCCAGAGGAGCAGGAGAUAAUACCGAUUGCAAUGCCCACACCGGUGGCGGCCACAAAGCUGGUUAUUGACCGUUCGCAAGCUUUAUACAGCAAGUACCUGGACCCCUCCGCCACCACCUAUAAUCUUUCCUAUGUGCGCUUGAGCCCCCAGGAUGUAAGCGCCAGUGUAGCUGCCCAAGAUAAUAUAACAUAUUGGAAUUGGAAGGAGAAGAUGCCGCCCCCACGGAAAGUAUCACCAGAAGAGGAUCCCACGCUGUGCGACGAGGGUAACACUCAUGACUGUCCAAAACGACGCUGCGAGUUCCAAAAUCUCACAAAGCGCGUUCCUCAUUCGGGAAUGGUCACCGAGGUGCGUGCUAAUUAUACAGAUCCGCAGUUCCGAAAGGUUGAAUUUGAUCCGGAUGUGAAACCGGUACUGGUGCAUGAGGAAGUUAUGCCGUUUGCCACGAAAAGCGAAUACGCCAUCUAUGGAUCUGGGGAUCCUGUUAUUAAGUAUGUUUGAAAGUUCCAACCAUUUUGACUUUCUGCUCACUUCAUAAAUUAAUGUAAUAAAUGAUUUUA